CAAUUGGAAACCCUAAUUCCCAAAAUUGAAUGCGAAGAUGUCUCUUUCGAUCUCUUCUCUGUCUUCCUCUCCUCCUACUUUCGACCAGGUCAUACAAAUGCGCCGAAUUUCCUUUUCAAUGCCGCAUCGUUGUCUUCUGGGUGCUGUUUAUGCUUUUUUGCCACCUGCUUCGCUUCUGCGACUUCGACUAGUUCUAGUGCGCUCUGUGGACGUUUCUUGGGUUGUGGUUCUUUGAUUUUGGGUUUGGGAUUGUGGGGUUGAGGAAAAAAAUGGGGGUUUUGAGCUUGAGACUUGGUCUACUGGAGGUGAUUGUUUGAAAUUUCUGACGGGAUGGUGGGGCAAGUGGAUUUAUUGAGUUCUGGGAUUGGUUUUCGGCUUUGAUCUUUUCAGCUGCUGGGAGGGCCCAAGUUGUUUGUUGAAAUUCCUGAUUGGGAGUUCAGUUCAAGAGAACAUCUUUCUUGGUUCGCAAUCUUGGAGGACGCUUGGUGUUUGUUGAAGUUUCUUGGAGGCUGGUUUUGCUUUCAAGAAAGAUUUGGAGGAGCCUUCUUGAUCGUUUCAGCUGUUGGAAAGGGAAGUUCUUGAGAGGCUGUUGUUUUCAAGAAAGUGUCUUUCUUGAAAAUUUGGAGGGCAGCUGAGGGCGAGAAGUAGGAAUUUGGGUUGUAAUGGAAGGCGGGAGAUUUGGUGAUGUGAUGGAUUUGUAGGGUGUGAGGGACUUGUUGUCAGUCUUCUGUUUUGGGAAGUGCUUGGUGUGUUACUUUCACAGCCAAUUACUUUUUUCCUUUCUGAGAAAGUUGUCAACUGCUGCCACCAGAGAACCUACAGGAACAGAUAUUAGCUGUUGUUUUUGAUAAUUCCACCUGAGAUGACUAGAGCAAAGUCUUUCCUGGCUGAAGUCAUUUUUACCAUAUUGCUUUGUCACUUCUCACAAACUGUUAUAGCGGAGGUCACUGCUCCAUCUGAAGUUGAUGCAUUGGGAGCUAUCAAGAGCAGAUUGAUAGAUCCUAAAGGUAAUCUCAACAAUUGGAAUUCUGGUGAUCCAUGUACUUCAAAUUGGACGGGGGUUCUUUGCUAUAAUACAACAUCAAGUGAUGGAUACCUGCAUAUACAAGAAUUGCAGCUGCUAAGAAUGAAUUUGUCAGGAAAUUUAGCGCCUGAACUUGGUCGUUUAUCAAAGUUGAAGAUAUUGGAUUUCAUGUGGAACAAGAUAACUGGCAGUAUUCCAAAGGAAAUUGGCAGCAUUACAACCCUUAAACUACUUCUUUUGAAUGGUAACCAGCUAAAUGGUUCGUUGCCUGAUGAGCUUGGUAACCUUCCAAAUUUGGAUAGAAUUCAAAUAGACCAGAACCACAUAUCUGGACAAUUGCCCAAGUCAUUUGCGAACCUGAAUAAAACAAAGCAUUUCCACAUGAACAAUAAUUCAAUAAGCGGUCAGAUUCCACCAGAGUUGUCCAGAUUGCCUAGUCUUGUUCACUUUCUACUGGACAACAACAACUUAUCAGGCCAUAUACCUGCAGAAUUUUCAAAGCUGCCAAAGCUGCUUAUUCUCCAGCUUGAUAAUAAUAACUUCAGUGGGACCCAAAUUCCUGAUUCUUUUGGCAGCAUGUCUACACUUUUAAAACUGAGCCUUAGGAACUGCAGCCUGCAAGGACCUAUUCCUGAUCUCAGUCGAGUUCCUCGACUUGGUUACUUAGACCUGAGCAGCAAUCAAUUGACAGGAACCAUUCCUUCCAAUAAGCUUUCAGAUAACAUUACGACAAUUGACUUGUCAAAUAAUCUUCUUAGUGGUCCCAUCCCUUCGAACUUCUCUGGCCUUCCUAAUCUCCAGCGAUUGUCCCUUGACCACAAUCAACUCAAUGGUUCUGUUCCAUCCACAAUCUGGAGGAAUAUGAUUUUUUCCGCAAACAAAAGUCUAAUCUUGGAUUUCCAGAAUAAUAAUCUCACCAACAUAUCAAAUACUCUGAAUCCUCCAGCAAAUGUUUCUAUCUGGUUAUAUGGGAAUCCAGUGUGCUCAAAUGCUAGCCUGCUGAAUAUAUCACAGUUCUGUAAUCCUGAAACUAAUAACCAGACAGCUGGAAGCUCUUCAAAUGUCACACCAAGCUGUCAGCCAUGCCCCACAGAUGAAGACUAUGAAUACAAUCCAUUAUCUCCAUUAUCUUGUUUCUGCUCUCUGCCGCUGCAUGUUGGAUAUCGGUUGAAGAGUCCAGGAUUUUCUGAUUUUAAUCCAUAUGUUCAGGAUUUUGAGGAGUACUUGUCAUCUGGUCUUGAACUGCUUUUGUAUCAACUGUACAUUGACACGUUUAGUUGGGAAGAAGGCCCUCGCCUGGGGAUGAACUUGAAGCUUUUCCCAAGUAAUGGCAGUAGAUUCAAUAGCAGUGAGGUCCUGCGAAUUAGAGGCAUGUUCACAGGAUGGUUGAUAGGAGAUUCAGACCUAUACGGACCAUAUGAACUUAUAAAUUUUACUCUUGGAUCUUAUGCAAGUGUGAUUCCAAGUCGUCCAAAAUCAGGCUUAGGUGCUGGUGCUGUUGUGGGCAUUGUACUUGGAGCAGUUGCUGUUGCCAUCACUUUGUCAGUAAUUAUUACUAUGGUUAUUAUGAAAAGAUUCUCGACAUAUAGUGUGGCUACAAGAAAACGUUCAGUGUCAAGAAUUCCAAUCAAAAUUGAAGGUGUGAAGAGCUUCACAUUUCAAGAGAUGUCUCAGGCUACUGACAAUUUCAGCAACGCUGCUCAAGUUGGCCAAGGGGGGUAUGGGAAGGUCUAUAAAGGCAUUUUAGCUGAUGGAACUGUAGUAGCUAUAAAACGUGCACAGGAGGGAUCUUUGCAGGGUUCAAAGGAGUUCUUUACAGAAAUAGAGUUGUUGUCAAGGUUGCAUCACCGCAACCUGGUUUCCCUGCUUGGGUAUUGUGAUGAAGAAGAUGAACAGAUGCUGGUCUAUGAGUUUAUGCCAAAUUUGACUCUGCGUGAUCAUCUUUCUUCUAAAUCUAAAAACGGACCUUUGAGCUUCUCUUUGAGGUUGCGCAUCGCAUUAGGAUCUUCCAGAGGCAUUCUCUAUCUACAUACAGAAGCUGAUCCACCUAUCUUCCACCGGGACAUCAAAGCCAGUAAUAUUUUGCUGGAUGCCAAAUUUAUUGCUAAAGUUGCUGACUUUGGUCUCUCCCGUCUUGCACCUCUUCCCGAAGGUGAAGGAACUGUUCCUGGUUAUGUGUCAACUGUGGUGAAGGGCACUCCAGGCUACCUUGAUCCAGAGUACUUCCUAACUCAUAAGCUAACCGAUAAAAGUGAUGUAUAUAGUCUUGGAGUGGUGUUCUUAGAGCUAUUGACAGGAAUGCAGCCUAUUUCACAUGGAAAAAACAUUGUCCGAGAGAUAAUGGUGGCCUAUCAAUCUGGGAUGGUGUUUUCGGUCAUUGACAAUCGGAUGGGAUCUUAUCCUUCAGAAUGCAUUGAGAAAUUUGUCGCAUUGGCUCUCAGAUGUUGCCAGGAUGAGACAGAGAGGCGGCCUGCAAUGUCGGAAGUGGUCAGGGAGCUCGAGAGCAUUUGGCGGAUGACACCGGAAUCUGAUUCCGUGCCAUCGGAAUCUAUGGUCACUGAUUCUGUUAAAAAAUCUACUCCGACUUCAACAUCCAUGGAAACAAAUACAUAUAUCUCAACGACCGAUGUAUCUGGCAGUGACCUGCUUAGCGGCGCAAUGCCUACCAUUACUCCUCGAUGAUUCAAUCCAUUGUGUGUUCUUCAAGAGCAGUUGUGUGUCAAAUUAGUGGUUUUGAAUCAAGGACGUGGUUUUUGCUUUUUCAUUUGAGACAUAUUAUUAUUGAUUUUGCUUCAGGCUUGUGCGUAUGUGAUUCUCUUGUCAAGAGAUAUGUACUCAAGUAGUGAUGCUAUUCCAUCUCGAAUGGGAAAACCUACUUAACAGUUGUA